AGAACGCGGCGGAACGGAGCGCCAGGCAGCGCGGAGCAGAGGCCGGGCCCACAGCCGCUCCGCCUCCCGGCCCGCAGAUCCCCGACGGCCGCACCGCGGGCUCCUCUGGCCCGCAAGGACACGUGCAUGGCGUCCUGGGGAAGGCGCUGAGUGCGGAGUCGCGGCGCCGCAGGCGGCACCAUGGCCCUGGAGCAGGCGCUGCAGGCGGCGCGGCAGGGCGAGCUGGACGUGCUGAGGUCGCUGCACGCCGCAGGCCUGCUGGGGCCCUCGCUGCGCGACCCGCUGGACGCGCUGCCCGUGCACCACGCGGCCCGCGCCGGGAAGCUGCACUGUCUGCGCUUCCUGGUGGAGGAAGCCGCCCUCCCCGCCGCGGCCCGCGCCCGCAACGGCGCCACACCGGCCCACGACGCCUCCGCCACCGGCCACCUCUCCUGCCUGCAGUGGCUGCUGUCGCAGGGCGGCUGCAGAGUGCAGGACAAAGACAAUUCUGGUGCCACAGUCUUGCAUCUGGCUGCCCGCUUCGGCCACCCCGAGGUGGUGAACUGGCUCUUGCAUCAUGGCGGUGGGGACCCCACCGCGGCCACAGACAUGGGCACCCUGCCUAUCCACUACGCUGCCGCCAAAGGAGACUUCCCCUCCCUGAGGCUUCUCGUCGGGCACUACCCUGAGGGAGUGAAUGCCCAAACCAAGAACGGUGCCACGCCCCUGUACCUGGCGUGCCAGGAGGGCCACCUGGAGGUGACGCAGUACCUGGUGCAGGAAUGCGGCGCAGACCCGCACGCGCGCGCCCACGACGGCAUGACCCCGCUGCACGCCGCGGCGCAGAUGGGCCACAGCCCGGUCAUCGUGUGGUUGGUGAGCUGCACCGACGUGAGCCUGUCCGAGCAGGACAAAGACGGCGCCACCGCCAUGCACUUCGCGGCGAGCCGCGGCCACACCAAGGUGCUCAGCUGGCUGCUGCUGCACGGCGGGGAGAUCUCGGCUGACCUGUGGGGCGGGACCCCGCUGCACGACGCCGCCGAGAACGGGGAGCUAGAGUGCUGCCAGAUCCUGGUAGUGAACGGCGCGGAGCUGGACGUCCGCGACCGCGACGGGUACACGGCCGCCGACCUGUCGGACUUCAACGGCCACAGCCACUGCACCCGCUACCUGCGCACGGUGGAGAACCUGAGCGUGGAGCACCGCGUGCUCUCCCGGGAUCCAUCCGCGGAGCUGGAGGCGAAGCAGCCCGAUUCAGGCAUGUCCUCACCCAACACCACGGUGUCGGUCCAGCCGCUGAACUUUGACCUCAGCUCACCUACCAGCACCCUCUCCAACUACGACUCCUGCUCCUCCAGCCACUCCAGCAUCAAGGGCCAGCACCCUCCACGUGGGCUUUCCAGCGCUAGAGCUGCAGACAUACAGAGCUACAUGGACAUGCUGAACCCGGAGCUGGACCUGCCUCGGGGCACAAUUGGGAAGCCCACACCCCCACCACCCCCACCCAGCUUCCCCCCGCCACCCCCACCCCCAGGCACCCAACUGCCCCCACCCCCACCUGGCUACCCAGCUCCCAAGCCUCCUGUGGGACCACAGGCAGCUGACAUCUACAUGCAGACCAAGAACAAACUCCGCCACGUGGAGACAGAGGCCCUCAAGAAGGAGCUGAGCUCCUGCGACGGCCACGACGGGCUGCGGAGGCAGGACUCCAGCCGCAAGUCCCGCGCCUUCAGCAAGCAGCCCAGCACGGGGGACUACUACCGGCAGCUGGGCCGCUGCCCCGGCGAGACGCUGGCCGCACGCCCGGGCAUGGCGCACAGCGAGGAGGUGCAUGCCCGCCAGCCCGCGCCCGCCGGCUGCCCGCGUCUUGGCCCUGCCGCCCGCGGCUCACUCGAAGGCCCCUCCGCUCCCCCGCAGGCGGCGCUGCUCCCUGGGAACCACGUGCCUAACGGCUGCGCCGCGGACCCCAAGGCGUCCAGGGAGCUGCCACCGCCGCCCCCGCCGCCACCGCCACCCCUGCCCGAGGCCGCGAGUUCGCCGCCGCCGGCCCCGCCUCUGCCUCUCGAGGGCGCUGGCCCUGGCUGCGGGCAGCGCCGCUCCUCCUCGUCCACCGGCAGCACCAAGUCUUUCAACAUGAUGUCCCCGACGGGCGACAACUCGGAGCUACUGGCUGAGAUUAAGGCAGGCAAGAGCCUGAAGCCGACACCGCAGAGCAAGGGGCUGACCACAGUGUUCUCAGGCAGCGGGCAGCCGGCCUUCCAGCCCGAUUCGCCGCUGCUGUCUGUGUCACCUGCACUGUCACCAGUCCGGAGCCCCACACCGCCAGCUGCGGGAUUUCAGCCGCUGCUCAAUGGAAGCUUGGUUCCGGUGCCGCCCACUACUCCUGCUCCGGGAGUGCAGCUGGACGUGGAGGCGCUCAUCCCCACGCACGAUGAGCAGGGCCGGCCCAUCCCCGAGUGGAAGCGCCAGGUGAUGGUGCGCAAGCUGCAGCUGAAGAUGCAGGAGGAGGAGGAGCAGAGGCGGAAGGAGGAGGAAGAGGAGGCCCGGCUGGCCAGCAUGCCCGCCUGGAGGCGGGACCUCCUGCGGAAGAAGCUGGAAGAAGAGAGGGAGCAGAAGCGGAAAGAGGAGGAGCGACAGAAGCAGGAGGAGCUGCGGCGCGAGAAGGAGCAGUCAGAGAAGCUGCGGACGCUGGGCUACGAUGAGAGCAAGCUGGCGCCCUGGCAGCGACAGGUCAUCCUGAAGAAGGGGGACAUCGCUAAGUACUAGAGGCCGCAGACUCCUGCCCGCAGCCUCACAGCUCCGUGGGGCCCCCCGCCCCAGCCCCAGCCAGCCAGGCCCCGGUGGAAGGGCUGGGAGCCGCACAGCCCUCCCCUCCUGCGCUGGAAACCCUCCCUGACACCCCACCCUGGUCCCCGCAUCCCCAGCCCUUGGCAACACUGGAGUGCACACGCCGCCCCGGUUGCCCAGAAAAAGUGCCCAAGCUGCUGAUGCAAACAACAACAAAUGCUGCUUAUUUGCAUGCCGACUUACAUAUAUUUGCAUGUUCGUUGAAUAUCAAAGAGUGCAGAGCUCUCCCCAGCCCCGUGGGUUGUGACAUUGUUUUCCUACGGGGCUCAGCCCCCUCCAGGAUGCAGCCCCCUCCCCCGCACCCCGGAACCGGCGUCGCUGGCGCAUCCUGGGUGGAGGCAGGCUCCGAGCUCGGGGAAGGGGUUUUCCCUUCCUCCCUGACCCAGAUCUGCGCGCGGCCUAGCCCGGGCCUCAUUUCUUAUCCCCGCCAAGGGUUUCCUCUCAGUCAUUUGUUUACCAGAAACAUGAAAACUGCCUGUCUGGCCCGGCCGCAGUUGCGGCCCCCGGGACCCCACCUCUGGCCACACCUCCCUCAAGUCUUCGCCCCGUCCCCAGCCAGACCCACUCGCUGCCGGGACCCUUUCACUGCCCUGGUGGAGUGAAUGGAGGAUGAGGGGCCCUGACCCUGUGUCUCCAACUGCUGCACCCCAUCCCGACCCUGUCCCCACCACCUCGCAGCCCCAUUAAAGCGCUCUCAUCUGGGCUCCGGUUCACUCA